CUGGCUAAAGUCAGAGAGCGCGGUGCAGACAGGGCGAGCAGCACAGUGCUCACACUGACGUUCAUCCAUACUGUAUAUGAAGAGGCAGCAGACAGGCGGACACACACUGUAGGAUCAUCCUCUGCGUGAGGUGCAAAUGGAGUUUAAAUAGGUGCGCCACUUCACUUAAUGGACUGAUUGCAGUGACUGUCGCUUUGGAUUUCAGAACUUCACGCCCAGACACACUUUGAGGAGAAAAUGUGGAAAUACACGAACUUGUUGGCCUGUCUGUUGGUUUUGUGUAAGGACGCGUCCUCUCACAGCAAGAUCUUUGGGGAAACUGAGCCUGUCCGGAUGACUUCAGAAGGCUCUGACUGCCGCUGUAAGUGCAUCAUGCGCCCUCUUAGCAAGGACGCCUGCCUGCGGCUGCGGAGUGGCAGUGUACGUGUGGAGGACUUCUACACAGUGGAGACAGUCAGCUCUGGGUCAGACUGUAAGUGCUCCUGCACAGCCCCGCCAUCCUCCCUUAACCCAUGUGAGAAUGAGUGGAAGAUGGAGAAGCUGAAGAAACAGGCCCCUGAGUUACUCAAGCUCCAAUCUAUGGUGGACCUCCUUGAGGGAACACUUUACAGCAUGGAUCUAAUGAAAGUCCAUUCCUACAUCAACAAGGUGGUGUCUCAGAUGAACACCCUUGAGGAGACGAUCAAGACAAAUCUUACAAGGGACAAUGAGUUUGUCCGUGACAGCAUGGUGAGCCUCACCAACCAGUUUAAGAGAUAUGAGAACUACUCCAACAUUAUGAUGAGCAUCAAGAAGGAGAUCUCCAGCCUCAGCCUGCAGCUGCUACAGAAAGACUCAUCUGAGAACAAAGCACAGGACACAAAUGAUGAGAAAACUAAGGAGGCUGGAAAAAUACCUAACAAAAAGACCCCUGCAGCCAAACCCCCUCCUAAAUCGCAGAAAGAAAAAGUUGUCAAGCCCAAGAAAGAGGUCGUUAAACCUGGGAAACCAGCCAAGCCUGACGCUACGGCCAGACCCAAGGUAGCUGGCCACCAGCCUGGCGUUGUGAGGGGCAUCACAUACUACAAGGCUUCCAAAACCGACGAUGAUGAGCACAGAGGAGACCACUCUGCCAAAACGUACACAGUCCAUCACGUCACAGAAAAGCAGUCUGAGGAUGGAGGUGCUGAAAUGGUCCUGGAAGCUGUGGAGGCUACUGAGCCCAGUGACACCACUGAAUCUCCCACUACUACAACUACAACUGCAGCCACCACCACCACAACCACUAGCGCCGCAGCUCCCACCACUACAUUGCCUACUACUACCACCACCCAAAAUACGAAAGUAACUGAAAGAGUAGCUCCGACAAUUGUUCUGUUGCUGGACAACUCCAACAACAACAGUCGACCCACUCUCCACAGAGCAGGAAAGAUCCUCAACUGUGAAGGAACUCUGGCAUCCAUUGAGCAGCCAGAGAAGCAGCACAGUUAUGGCCGCAAUGAAGGAGCUUGGAUGAAGGAUCCCCUGGCUAAGGAUUCCAAGAUCUACGUCACCAACUAUUAUUAUGGCAACAACCUUGUGGAGUUCCGCAAUUUGGAUAACUUCAAGCAAGGGCGUUGGGGCAACCUUUACAAAUUGCCUUACAACUGGAUAGGAACAGGCCAUGUGGUUUACAAUGGAGCUUUCUACUACAACAGAGCAUUCACCAAGAACAUCAUCAAGUAUGAUCUGAGGAUGCGAUACGUGGCAGCCUGGACACUGCUGCAUGACGUGGUUUAUGAGGACACCACGCCCUGGAAGUGGAGAGGCCACUCAGACAUUGACUUUGCAGUGGACGAAAGUGGCUUGUGGGUGAUCUACCCUUCCAUGGACUACGACUACAGCCAGCAGGAGAUGAUUGUCAUCAGUAAACUGGAUCCUGGAGACCUGUCUUUGAAAAAGGAAACCACCUACAGGACAGGUCUUAAGCGUAACUCUUAUGGAAACUGCUUCAUCAUCUGUGGCGUCUUGUAUGCAGUCAAUGUGUACAACCAGAAAGACGGCGAGGUGAACUAUGCUUAUGACACCCACACUAACACUGAAGCCAUUCCACGCCUCCCCUUCACCAACGAGUACUCCUUCACCACUCAGAUUGACUACAACCCCAAGGAAAAGGUUUUGUAUGCCUGGGACAAUGGCCAUCAGCUCACAUAUCGGGUUAACUUUUUGGACCAGUGAGCUCAGUAAAUUUGUACUACAGAUAAGCUCAAAGUAGGCCUGCCAAUUUGGCACAUAAAUAGAAAGAGGAAUCUCAGUAUUUGACAGCCUAGAAGCAGCCAUAUUGGACUCAGCAGCAGGACAAAGGUUGAACCUACACCAGCCUUCCAAUACCAAUGCAUGCUCUUCAAACACCGGACCUCACUGUGUACCAAACACACAUGAUGUGACUGUACAAUACGUUGAUAGAAUGGAGAGGAAUCAGUGGAAGUUAUCUCACAGGUUGAGUGCAUUCUGAAGCAUCAAAAGUUCUCCCUAGUCAUUUAUAAAAUGUCCAUAGACUGGUUUAAGACAAAUUCAUGCUUUCUCCAGCUGUACGUUAAGAAGGCUUAGCGUGACCUAAAGUUAAUCCAUGUGAGGAGAGUCAAAGUUAUUCAGUCUUAUAAUUCAUCACUGAAAGUGUACAAAGGCACAGAAAUGAUGUACAACUCCUGGUGAGAAGUCAUUCUCCAGCAAGGUUGUCACAUUGUGCUUUUGACGGGAAGGCAACUUGCUCCACUUAAAGGCUACAGACUCUAUUUGAUAUUAAUUAAUAGCCAGUUUGUUAAUUAAUAACCCUAAAUGGUAAUAUGAAUGUCUGUCUGCAUUCAGAGUCCACAUAUGCAGAAACCAUGAACUGGCCAAAUAUAGAAUGAGCAUUUUUGACACCAACUAUUUGUUUCUGAUGGAACUUGUUGAAGUUUGCAUUUUGGAUGUACGAUUUUGAUGAACUGUGUUUUGCUGUGUUUUCUUUCUUUCUUCCUUUUAUUGUUGGUGUGAUGGGAGCUUACAUUCCCGCUAAUAUAGUGUGGCUAGCUUAAGCAACCAUCAUUUGACCUCCUAAUCUUAGGUAAUUCCAGUUGUAUCCAAGUGUUAUCUGGUAUUCCAUUGCAUGUCGGUCAAACUGUGAGAUUAUUUCUGACACUUGAGCAGUUCUGCUUCCGAGUUGGAAACUUAACUGAUGCCCAUCUACUCCAUCCUGUCACCAAGCACUUUGAUGAAUCUGCUUUGAGUAUUCUUCCGGCCUAAUAAUGCUAUGUGUCUCUUUACCAUUGAUGUUGUUUUGAGAGGUGUGUUGAUUGUAUUAUGAACUCCAAAAACCAAUGUACACACGUUUCUAAGCUUUUUAAAGUUUUGUAUAUAUACAUGAAUUAAUUUGACAAUAUCAUAACAUUGUUGAUGAAUAUCUGUAUACAGCUUUUGCCAUUUUAAUAACAUUUGCAUAACCACUGCAUUUAUUGUAAUUGUUAAGUAUUUUAGUACUUCUACCACAAUGGACAUGAACAAGUAAGAUCAAUCACGCCAAUACAGAAGGUGCAGCGCAUCAUUAUCUGUGUCCUCUCUUUAAUAAAGAUCAUGAAUGUUUCAAGGUUUAA